UGUUGUCUCCUUGCCUGCAUGAUGAGCGAUGGGCUUGUGGCCACGUUGGGCUCCUUGGACUGCAGCUGGCGGGUGGAGAAGUUGAGGCCGUCCCAGGACGCGCUGACCAUGUUGACCACAUUGGCGUGGACCACCGUGAAGUGGGUGAGGCGCCGCGGGGCGAUGCGCAGCGUGCUCAGGUUGUUGUACAACGCAGACGCGCUGUUCUUAAUCUGGAUGCUCUUCUCUUUGUGAUACAUCGAGAAGGUUACACGGCGGUAUAAAUGUAUGUAAUCCUAAAAAUAAGGUGCCCUAUUGCAGACAGAGGGGCUGUUUUAUACCAAUGACGUCACUGGUUUCUGGCUACACAGCUUGGUCUCUUAGCAUUAGCCUUAGCAUUAGCAGCUAGGUGGUUGUUAGCAAGAAGCCACCGGGAACUAUGACGUUCAAAUGUCAAAAAUGACACGGUAACUGCUGUUUAUUAAAGCGUCCAUGCAGCCGUCUAACACUUAGUGCUGUCUUUAUCUGAAAUUACUAGUGCAAGGUGACGUAAGCGCUUCUUUCCAGGCUAAAACCCUCGGCGUCUCCCGCAGCCAUAGAGACAACGCCGCCAGGUCGCGUGACGUCACCGUCACGUGUUGCGUUGCUAGGGAACCCGUCGACACACCAGGAAGUGGACGCCAAAAGGAAGAUUGUCGCGUUUACUCAGUCCAAAAUAAUUCAAGGGUCGCAGGGGGUGCUGGAGCCUAUCUCAGCUGCAUUCAGGCGGAAGGCAGCGUACACCCUGGACAAGUCGCCACCUCCAGUUUUUCAAUAAUCCAAUGACCAAAACAUACACUGACCAAUUACCCACUAUUUGGAUGGUUAUUUAGAUAAAAAAAUCUUGUAUCAUAUUUAAAAGUAAAACAGACUAUGUAGCGUUCUCAACCAAUUAACACUUGAAUUUACUUCAAUAAAUACAAUAAUAGAGACUACACGUGAUGUACAAAUUACAUCACACACAUGAAAGUUAUUUUCAAAUUAACCACAGCCAGCAUGCUGUUGCACUGCUUACUGCAGGUAUAACAUUCACCAAUAGAGUGUACUAAUGUGUUUUUAAAAAAUAUUUUCAGACAGGAUUUACCAUAUUGCCUUACAUUCACACGUUUCCAAAACAAUAGGUACAGUAAUAAUCAUAUUUUAACUGACACAAUCUGAGAAAUGUGUGUUUGAUACUGUAUUGUAGUUUGCAGUAGCAAAUGACUGCACUGCUUGAUUUUGAGAAGUGUUACUAAUAUUUUUACUUUGUUACUAUUGUUACUUUCUAUUCUAUGCUAUUCUAUAUUUUACCCCUUUUAUUGAAGCUAAAAUAGGACAAACAAAAACCCGCGAGGAUGUCCCGCUCUGCAGCCAAAGCGCAAGCUGACAAAAGUAAGGCCCCUGCCCGGGUGAGCCCACCUCAGCCCCAUGAGCCGGAGGAGGAAGACAUUAUUCCUGGUUGUCUAACUCGGAGCCAAUGGAUGGAUAUGCUGAGCCGUGAGGAAGCAGAAGACUUAGUUGGCGAGAUAAUGGCCGAAUUGAUGAGCCGGGUCAUGGAAGGCUGUUACAAUGUGCACAUUAAAAGACAGGUAGCAUCUUUCACUGCAUUCUGGGCCAAAGUUUACUUCAUACAAACUUUGGAGCAUCACCUCAUGUGCCGAGAUAAAUGGGAAGAUGCGAUGGAAUUAACCAGAACAGAGGACUCUGAACCAAGGCCAAUCACUCCAGAUGUCUGGUCUGAAGGAUGCUUCCCAGUAAUACAUGGAAUGCCUCAAGCUGAGCCUACACCACCAAAGAUUAUUCAGAAAUCUGAUAUCUGCAAAUCCCUUGGACCACCUGAACCUAGAACAAGCCAGCAAAAUAAUCCUGUGCCGCAAACAAGCGUCUCUCCGAAGCCAUCUGUUGCCAAAAAAAGUCCGAGCAGGUCUGUCGGUGGUGAGAAGAUAAGUAACGAACCAAGUCCUCGCCCCAAACAAGACUCUCAUCCUAAGAAAAAGCAAAAAGCUUGUUUGACCCCAAAACUUGCCCCUGAAACUGUUCUGCCACCCGUGUCUUGUUUGGCAGGAAAACUGGAAACCAAAGGUGACAAUAAAGUCCCUUCUGUUUCUAAACAUACAGCCGGGUCAUCACAACAACAACACAAAAGUCGAUCCGUACGGAAGCCUGAGCAUAAUUCAAUGGCCAAUUACUGGAUCACUCCUCAGUAUGAGAUCGUGAACAAAAGGAGAAAAGCUGUCAAAAAAAGUGAACUUCCCGAACCACAGCAGUCUGACAUGGAAACUUCAUGGAAUUCUGCUAGCAGUGCUGAACCAGCAAAACCUGCAAGUAGGACGGGUGUUCAGCGGGGGAAGUUGUCUCCCAUAAAGGACAAGAUUAUCACGGGAGCUCUGAGGUUGGACACCAUGCAUUUAGCAAAAGGUGUUUCUCUCAUUGAUCGUCAGAGAACAACAGCGGGCCCGGUGGCGUUCAUGUCACAAGCUCAGUCUGCCAAGUUGCGGCCGAUACAAACUGAUGCCGUAAAAUCGCAAUUUUCCGUGGAUCAGUUGACCGCCGGUCCUCCACCUCAGGUUAUACCAUGUUUGACGCGGCCUGAGAAAUUUGACUUGUGAUAAAAAUAAUAUGGAGAUACACAAAUAGAUGUGCAUACAUUUUGGCUGUAUAGAGCAAAAUCAAGACAUUAUAUAUACUCAGUGUCGGUGCUAGGAAUUUAAAAAAAUGGGGGUCCCUGGGACCCCAUCAAGUCAUAAAAAUGGGGUCCCAGAGUACAUUUUGGGGUCCCACUUUUUUGUAACCGUUUUGAAAACAAAUGAUAAAUGUAUGCAUUAUCCUGUUAUAUCUCACAUUCUAUAUUGUGUUUCGGAAAAAGGUUGUCAUAAACGUUACUUAAUUCCUUAAAACAAUAAUACAAAAGAAAACAAUUUUUUAUGCAUAUGCACAUUUAUUCAGUUAUUCAUUCACUUUCUUCUUUCCUUCAUGGAUCUAAACUUUACCGCUGCCGCCCCAAAAUCAAAGUUCUCUGGCUGACAAAGACCACUGACACAUCUCAUCUUUGUAUAUUUUACUACUUAUGGGCAUUACAUAUAUCAAAAUCAA